CGGCCAGGAAGAUAACUGUUAUUAUUGGAAGUCAGUAUCAGUCGAGGUCUGGGGUAUAUAAACUUGCGAAUUCGAGUAGUCAAAGCACAUUCACGGAAGCAGUCACAGUUCAAAGCAACCAUGAAAGGAGCUCUAGUUUGCAUUUGCCUUGCCCUCUUCAUGGCGCUCUACGGCGCCGAAUACAUCUGCGAUCCCGAUAGCAACAACAAGCCCGACUGCACCAAUGCCAGCAACCUGCUCGUCCCUAUCCGAAACUUCUAUGAUCCAACCCGGUACUGGAAUUGCACAUCCGUCUCCAAUAACUCAGCUGAAGUUGUUAAAUGCGAAUCUGGGGGAUUCGACCCGACAUUGAAGAAAUGCGUCAGUUGGGAGACUUGGAAAUGGACUGAUUGCUGCCCUUAAUUUGAUUACAUGUCGUUAAUACAAUAAAAUUGAAUGGCAAAUUAAA